AUGUCACCGAUCGCCCCAUACGCCAACGAUCACCGCGACACAAAUGGCCCCGGAGACGCCCGUCCUACCGCACUCAAGAUUGUCCGCGAUCAGGCCUUGGACGGACAGCUCAGCGGGAAAGUGAUUCUCGUAACUGGGGGCACUUCCGGCAUCGGGUUUCAGACUGUACGUGCCUUGCAUGUUACUGGCGCUGACGUUUACUUUACCGGUCGAGAAAAUCAGAAAGGCAAAGAGGCGGAGGAGGAGCUGAGGCGUGAUGGAAAACCGGGAAAGGUUGAGUAUAUGGAGAUGGGCUUGGAUUCACUGCGGAGCGUACGGGAGUUUGCGGCUGAGUUUCUGAAGCGAACUGGUGGUAGUGUCAACAUUCUGAUAUGCAAUGCCGGCAUCCGCGGAUAUCCCAAAGGCCAGACCGAAGAUGGCUUCGAGUUGCACUUUGGAACCAACCACCUCGGGCACUUUGCUCUCUUUCAGGCUCUCAAAGAUGCUUUGAUCGCUUCAAGCAAACCUUCUUUCCAGUCUCGUGUUGUCUGCCUGUCAGCUUCGGGUCACCGCCAAUCAAGCAUCCGCUUCGACGACAUCAACUUUGACCAGGAAGAUGUGUACCAACCUCUACUGGGGUACGCCCAAUCCAAGACGGCCAACAUUUACAUGGCGCUUGAAAUCGAGAGACGGUAUGGAGCGAAGGGCGUUCGUGGCCUGGCUGUUCAUCCGGGUGGAAUUAGCGGCACGAGACUCAAUCGGAUGACGCCUGAGACACAGCUCAACGCCUUGAUCAGCGAUCCGAAGAUUGCACGAAAGAUGAAGAGUGCGGAGCAGGGAGCCGCAACUACAGUAUGGGCGGCUGUAGCUGCCGAGUGGGCAGAAAGGGGGGGCGUUUAUUUGGAAGACUGUCAGGAGAGCGAGCCUUGGAACGGAGAUGAGACUGUUUUGGCACCUGGUUAUGCACUCCAUAUUCAUGAUGCAGAGAGUGCAUCAAGGCUGUGGGAGAUCAGUCUGGAGAUGAUUGGAUCGGUUGUAUGA